AUGACCACCGCGGUCCUGGCAGCUCCAGUGACCAAGACCAAGCGUCGCGAACCACUGGGGACGAUCGGCAUGGCGGCUUCUCAGGCGCAAUCGCGUCCUGCGUCGUCCGCCGCCGGCAGGGGCAGAGGAGGGGAGCGACGAACCACGCGACUUAGCCCGAGUCAGCAGGGAUUGGAGGGAGAGAGUCCGACCCAUGAUGGGAAACGGAAAGCUGAUUACGAAGAAGAUAUCGGGGGAUUCCAGUUUUCGCGACUUCCUAACAAAAAGCCUCGCCCGUCCCUCGAAGCUGCCCCGGAGAUUCCCGCGCCCGAUGAUGCAGAGAACGCGCCGCCGAAACCGUCACCGAAGAGAGGACGGCCGCCGAAGAAACGCACGGGAGAGGGGAGCGCGGUGCCGAUGAAAGGGACGACUACUGAGAUUCCGACGCGACCAACUCGAGGCACUGGGAAGGCUCCGUCUGCGGAACCAGAACUCCAAUCUUCCAAUGCGCACUCCACGCGAAGUCGAGGCACAACAGCGGAAGCUCAGCCUGCUAGGAAGAAAGGACGUCCAGCGAAAACACAAGCCAGUGAGCCAAAUGGCUUCAAAUCACCUCCUGCGGGUACGAAAGUGGCACUCCCUCUGGCGGACACUCCAGUUAUCCAGCGGAACAAGGAACUGAGAGGGACGAAAGGGAACAAAGGGCGGAGGCGGAGUAGUUUGCAGAUGAGAGGACGGAGAGCCAGCUCUUUGAUUGAUUCGGGGGCUUCCAACGCCCUGCCGCAUCGAGAGGUCGGCACAGCAGAUUUCUAUAAGCAUAUUGCCGACGACGGUCUUCCGGAACCGCGGAGGAUGCGACAACUUCUUAUUUGGUGUGCGACGCGUUCGAUCGGGGAGAAGCCGUCUGGGUCGCAUUCGGAAGACCAGAGUGCGCGUAUGGCAGCUCGUGUGAUCCAAGAGGAGCUGCUUAGAGAGCUCGAAUCAAACUCUGAACUUUCUAACUGGUUUGGCCGAGAAGACCUGAACCCGCCAGCGGUUGUGGUGAAGAAACCGAACCCGAGGAACGUGCAAAAUACGGACAAGAUUAAAGAACUGGAGGAGCAAAUACAAAAACUCCAACGAGAGAGGCAAGCCCUCAACGCUCUCCUCAAACAACCAUCAAUCCCCUCGUUGCCACAAGCAGACCCUCCAUCCAAGCUUCCGCGGAAGACAAAACGACACUCGCAGGAAGCCAAGCCCUUCCUCCAAACCAUCCCAAGACGCUUCUUCUUCUUCCCCGAUAACGCUCCCACCGUUACCCCCUCCGUCGUCUCCACGCGUCUUUCCCGAAUCGCAUCCGGGCUCGCUCCCACCCUCGACGCUUUCGCUGCAGGAGUACACGAUAUCGAACUGUACCGCUCAACAGCAGACACUGUUUCCUCUCGGAUCCUCCGCAUCUGCGCCCAGCGCCUUGAAGAGCGCGAUGCACUCAAUGCGCAGAGCCGAGCCGCGAUCGAGAGCAGUGACGGUGAAGCGCAUUCCCCGAGUACUGCAGCGUUAUCUGCAGUUAGACCGCGCGAAGAUCUGGGUCUUAUCCUGGGUGCAUUGAGUCGGGUUGAGAGACGAUAA